AUGGACGUGUGGGGCCCAGCCCACGUCCGUGGACAGGGUCACGAGCGCUACUUCCUACUACUAAUUGACGACUACUCGCGUUACACCACAAUCUUCCCCUUGCGCAGCAAGGGUGAUGUCACUGAGGUGUUGAUCGACUGGAUCCGCGCGGCUCGUCUCCAGCUCAGGAGGAGCUUCGGCUCGGACUUUCUUGUUCUGCGUCUGCACUCUGACCGAGGCGGAGAGUUCUCCUCUGGCCUUCUGCGAGCCUACUGUCUUGCACGAGGCAUCCGCCAGACCUUCACGCUUCCGGACUCUCCACAGCAAAAUGGGAUUGCUGAGCGCCGCAUUGGCAUGGUCAUGGACGUCGCUCGUACGUCCAUGAUGCAUGCGGCUGCCCCCCAUUUUCUGUGGCCGUUUGCGGUUCGGUACGCGGCGCAUCAGCUCAACCUUCACCCCAGAGUAACCCGGCCGGAGACCUCCCCAGCUCUGCUGUGGACGGGGAAGGUAGGCGAUGCGUCUGCGUUCCGUGUCUGGGGAUCUCGGGCGUUUGUCCGCGACCUGUCUGCGAACAAGCUGUCCCCUCGUGCUGCUCCCUGUGUCUUCCUAGGCUUCCCCCCUGACGCCCCAGGGUGGCAGUUCUACCACCCCUCCUCUCGUCGUGUUCUGUCCUCCCAGGACGUCACGUUCGACGAGUCCGUCCCCUUCUACCGCCUCUUCCCCUACCGCACUCCUUCCCUCCCGCCGCCACCGCACUUCCUUGUGCCAGGUCCCCCCCCGGUAGACCCCCUUCCCCCUCAGGGUCCUGCCCCUUCAGGUGUGUCCCAGGUAGAUGCAGUCGAGCCAGUCGAGGUUGCUGGUGACUCAGCCUGGGGGUGCUGCCUCUGGGGUGCUGAGCCUGGGGGUGCUGACUCUGAGGGUGCUGCGCGCGUGGGUGCUGAGCCUGGGGGUGGUGAGCCUGGGGUGCUGCGUCUGGAGCUGCUGAGCCUGGAGGUGUGGAGCCUGCGGCCACUGGACCUCCCCUUGUGGCGUCUGGCGGUACUGGGCCUGGAGGUUCUCCGGUGUUUCGUCUCGGCGGGAGCCACUCUCUCCACAGGAGCUGCGCGAGUGGUUUGCUCGCCGCUGGAGGCGUACUGCUGGAGCUGGCGCUUCUUCGGCGCUGAGGGUGCUGGUGCCGGGCCGGUCCCGGAGCUGCUGGGCCUGCGGGUCCGCCUGGAGCUGGAGCUGCUGAGGGUGUUGUCGCACUCACAGUUACCGCCUGCCUCCCCACUGCCUUCUCCCUCUCCCUACACUGGUCCUACUGGAGGUCUUGCUGAGCGUCGUGAGCCUGCGUCUCGUCCUGCGUCGCCUGUUCGUGCUGCUCGCACUAGUGGUCGUAGUUCGCGUCAGCGUCCUCCUCCUGUCCCUGGCACGCACCGGAUGUCUCUGCGUCCGUCCACUGCUCCUCUGCGUGCCCCUUUGCCCUCUCCUCCUGAGUCCUCUCCUGCGCUUGCCGACCCUGAGUCAGACUCUCUUCGUGCUGCCAGUCCUACUGUCACGCGUCUCCUUGCUACUGUCGUCACUGACUCCUCCUUUGAGUCCAGUGCUGCGUCUAAUCUUGUUGCUGAGCUCGUCGACUUUGCUGCUCGCUGUCGUCUAGACUACGCUGCUAGUCUUGUUGCUGAGUCUGCGUCUGUCUGUCCUCCGUCCGUCGGGGGAGACCCGGAUGCACUAGACAUCCCGACUCUGCGCUCUUACGCGGAGGCCGUAGAGGGUCCCUACUCCUCUCAGUGGCAGGCAGCUAUGGAUGCAGAGAUGGCUUCCUGGAAGUCCACAGGCACCUACGUUGACGCGGUUCCCCCUCCUGGGGCGAACAUCGUCAGUGGGAUGUGGAUCUUCAGGGUGAAGCGGCCGCCGGCUCUCCACCUGUCUUCAAGGCGCGUGGCACGACACACUGAGGACUACGCUUGCGGCUCUGGGUUUGCUCCCUCUACUGCUGACCCGUCGUUGUUUCUGCGCACCGACACCUCUCUGCCGCCGUUCUACAUCCUCGUGUACGUCGACGACUUGGUCUUUGCCACAGCAGACACUGCUGGACUCGCCUAUGUGAAGUCGAGCUGCAGAAGAGACACACGUGCAUAG